AUGUCCAAAAAUUAUUUCGUUCCACAAUACAUCGGACUUUACGCUUUCAUAAACUAUACAAAACGACAAAGACGUCCAGAUAAACUUUGUAAGUUUGUAACAGUUAAUGUCCCUACUGAAGCUGACGUUUAUUUAUUAAAUCCUAUUCAUCUUAGUUCAGAAGGCCAAACUUUUGUCAUAAAACCUUUACUCAGAUAUAGAUUUAAAUGGAUUUGUGCAUAUAGCCGAGAACGACAACUUUGCUUUAGUGAUUGUUCGAAAAUGACACUAAAAAGAAAAAUUGCGUUGCAAGUUGAGAGAAGAAUCCUCGUUUUGAAGAACACUCGUUCUAGAACGUCGUCUUGUUUUCAUGUUUAUACAGAAUUUAUGGCACAAUUCAUUAGAUGUUUAAAUGAGAAUAAAAAAAUGUCUGUUUAUGAAAUCAAAUGUCACUUAAAUUCUCAUUUACGUUUAGAUGAUUUUGGAUGA